AUGCCAGUACCAACUGACCCUCAACAUUUCUCUGUUAUUACUUCACCUAUUUCCACCCACCCUUUUCCUCUACUUACGGAACAGCAUAUAUUGAAUUGUGCAUUUUCUUCUUGGUAUAGUAAUUUUAGGCAGGUGACUUUAAAAUCCAAAAUAAUUAAACCUUUACCCGCAGAAUUUAUUGAAUAUUUACAUGCAGAUGGUGUGUUUCUUCCUGAUCAGAAUUAUGGAAGAAAUCGAUAUGCGGAGUACAGCGAUGACUCUGACUCAGACGAGAAUAACGAAUCAGAAGUAGAGUUUAAUGACGAAAAUUACGAGCCAUUGCCAAAUUUUCCGGAUUUAGAACAACAAAUUUGGCAGAUAAUCGAAGAAUUUGAUGGUGCAGUAUUUCCAAAACUUAAUUGGAGCUCACCUAGGGAUGCCACAUGGAUUUCUGCGACCAACACACUUAAAUGCACUACACCAUCAGAUAUUUUUCUAUUACUUAAAUCUUCGGAUUUUAUUGCUCACGAUCUUGAUCAUGCAUUUGAUGAAUGUGAUCAUGAUGGUCAAGUAACAACGCGAAGACAAAGGCCUGAUUCCUAUGAACUAGUGUUAAGAAAGUGGUAUGAUGUGACUACUUCUUUGGAAUUUCGAUGCUUUGUGAAAAACGAAAACAUUAUUGCCAUAUCACAGCGUGACGACAAUUUUUAUCACUUUUUGCUUGAUAUUGGAGAAGAUUUAGAAGCAAAGAUAAUACAAUUUUUUACCUCACAUAUACAAAACAAAUUUUUAGACAGUGAUUAUGUUUUUGAUGUUUACAUAAUGCGAAAUAGAGAACGAGUUUGGUUAAUUGAUUUUAAUCCUUUCGGAUCGAUGACAGAUAGUCUUUUAUUUACAUGGGAUGAAAUAUUGACAGCAAAUCAAUCCCAUCAUCAGCCCUUUGCAACUAAUCGUUAUCCACGUGAAGUUUUUGAUUUUUCUCAAGGACAAACUGUUACGGAAUUUGCUGAACGAUUUCAACGCGAGUUGGCAAUUACAGAAGAAGAUAGUGAAUAG